AUGAGCGCGACUCUCCCGUUCCGAGACAUCAACGUACACGCGUCCUCGACUUACUACGCCUUCUCCUCGCCAUCGUCACCCAAUGCUCCAACUCUUGUGGUAGACCGGCCAUCUGGCGAUCUCAGACUCAACGAUGGCAAGCUCACCGGAGGCCACCGUGUGUCCAGCAUCUCCGGGAUUCUGGGUAUCAUCAAGUUGCGGCUAGAUAGCUACGUGAUCAUCAUCACCAAGUCGCAACCAGUUGGUCGACUGAAGGGCCAUCAAAUCUACAAAGUCAUUUCGACCGAGUUCUUGCCUCUGCGCGAACGUCAGAUCCAUGAUCCAGAUGAGGACACCUACCUCAAUUACCUGAAAACUCUCAUGAAGACUGGACCUAUGUACUUUUCCUAUUCGUUCGACUUGACCAACAGCUUCCAGCGCCAGGCACAAAGCGAUGCCAAUGAGCCCUUGUGGCAACGAGCGGACGAUCGCUUUUACUGGAAUCGAUUCGUCUGUUCUUCUCUCAUCGACUUCCGAAUAGGCAAGACACCCGGGAGACUGUCCUCGGCACCUCAACCUGCGGUUGAUCCAUACAUCUUACCUAUCAUGUAUGGCAUGAUGAGCAUUACCAACACAUCGAUCAAAGGCAAUGCUCUUACUUUUGUACUCAUCACACGACGCUCCAGGCAUAGAACAGGCACACGAUACCUCUCGCGCGGAAUUGAUGAGCAAGGUCAUGUGUCGAAUUUCAACGAGACCGAACAGGGCAUCAUUCUCAACGACAACGCAUCGAGUGGCAUGACGAGCUUCGCUGGCGAUCAAGGCUUCAUGAACGGCAAGCCUGUCAGCGGACCUGAGACCCAAGUACUGUCCUAUGUGCAGACCCGCGGCAGUGUUCCAGUUUUCUGGGCUGAGGUGAACACCUUGCACUAUACUCCUAAGCUACAGAUUCGUGGUGUGGAGACUGCGGCAAAUGCAGCUCGAAAGCACUUUGACGAGCAGAUCUCGCUGUACGGCGAGAAUUAUAUGGUCAAUCUGGUCAACCAGAAGGGCCGUGAGAUGAGAGUUAAGGAUGCUUACGAGCAGCUGGUCAAAACUCUACAAUCAGCACCGCGAGAAAUAACAGAAGCAGACCGCAAGACGAACGAAAAGUUCAACGUCAUUGAGCCGACCGACAAGAAGAGUUGGUAUGACCACCUCCACUACAUCUACUUCGACUUCCACAAUGAGACCAAAGGAUUGAAAUGGCACAGAGCGCAGUUGCUGCUCGAUCAACUCAAGGAUGGCCUUACAGCUGGAGGCUACUUUCACGGUAUCGACAUGCCUUCGGGUGGCAUCGAUGUUCGGAGAAAGCAAACGGCUGUUGUGAGGACAAACUGUAUGGACUGCCUCGACCGCACGAAUGUGGUACAGUCCAUGCUCGGUCGGUGGACACUCACACGCAUGCUCAUCGAUUUGGGCGUGCUAAGACCAGGCGAGACAGCGCAAGAUGACCAAACCUUCGAGCACCUCUUCCGCAACGUGUGGGCAGAUAAUGCGGACGUUGUUUCGAAGACUUACUCUGGCACAGGUGCCUUGAAGACGGACUUUACUCGCACAGGCAAUCGCACCAGAGCCGGAAUGCUGCAAGAUUUGAACAACAGCUGCACGCGAUAUGUGCGUAACAACUUCGCUGACGGGCCCAGACAAGAUGCCUUCGACCUCUUCCUCGGUGCAUAUUCCCCAGACGCUGCCGGAAUCGGAUCAGCACAUCAAUUCGCAGAUCGACGACCGCUCGUCAUUCAAGCUGUGCCAUAUGUGCUGGGCUUCUGCGUAUUCUUUGUCGUAAUCAGUGUGAGCACCAAUCGCUUGCCAGAUUCGACCAUCUGGCCGCUGCGAUUGUUCACGCUGUUCAGUCUCGCAGUUGCUGGAUAUGCAGGCCGGUUCAUGUGGACGUAUGGAACUCUAUAUGUCAACUGGCCCAAGCUGAACACGCCUCAGUGGGCGGUCGAAGCAUACCAAGACACGCUCGACAAAGUCACCAAGGACCCUCUCAUCGGUGCUCUCGUCGGUGGAGGCAAGACUGAUGCUCGUCUCGGUAUUCUGGAGGAGGGCAAGAAGAGGAGAGAGUGA